UGAGGGUCUCUUUUAUUGAGAACUUUUAACCUUUACCCACUUUAUAACAUUAGCAUUUACGUUAAGCGAUUUUCUGUCGGGAAUACUGACGCAAUAACAUCUCGAUAUCAGUGUUGUGUGUAGUGUUCUUACGAACGUAACGACACUUGACGAUAUAACAUUGUUAUGUAUCUGAGUAAAUGUUAAAAAAUAUCAGUUUUAAUGUCACGACUCUUUCUUUCAAACAUGAGAUGUUUACCUUCUUUGAAUUUUCCUGUCAAUUGAAUUUUUAUAAAAUAUAAUUGAAAUCUAAUUGAAUAUUUUCGAAGAAUUUUAUCAUUCUCUGUCUUUAACUGAGAUAUCGUCACUAAGCGAUUCUGUUUCUCAGAAUACGAGCGCGAUAACUUCUCAAUGUCAGUGUCAAAAGUGGACAGUACUCUCGCUGUGCUGCCACAGCGUAACGAUACUGUUAGAGAUGCGUGCGUUAAUAGUUGAAUUACGCGCAAUCAAGUUUAGCAUUAUUGGCAAUCGCGCACAAUUGGCUCCGCGAAUGGGCUCGCGACACUUGCCGGUAGUCGGGGGACGAUACAAGGCUGUCGCGGAGAACGAUGGGUAGACAUCAGGUGUCGAGCUGAGAGGUGAGGUUUUGAGUUCGUUGCGAGACGAGCACUCGGGCGCACCCACUUGCUGAAAUCUUUUCGUGUAAUUGAAAGUAAAGCUGUCACAUCUAUUGGAGUGUUUAAUUAGCGAUCCCUAAUACACAACAGAUACGAAACUAUAAGAACGGCGAUUAGCGUCGCAUUCGCACUGUUUGUGACAUCCAUCAACCAAUCGCUCUCGCGAUGUUACGGUACGUUGCGCUGUUCUCGCAAGUCGUCGUCCUGCUGCUCUCGGUGGUUGUCGCCGAGCAAGAGGAAUCAUCAGCGAAGGUGCCGACCUGCCUUGACGUUGAGGGUUUUAACAUUUGUCAUUACAAUGGUAUACUAGUGGACGUGACGCAACGCUUUAAGGAUGAAGAUAAGGUUUCAUUGGUUAUCAACGAUUUGGAUCUAUUGGGAAUUCAGGAGAACGCCUUCAAGAACGUAACGGCGACGUACUUGGUCCUUAACUUCGGUAAUCGGAUAUCAGUGUUGAAAAGAGGAUCCUUUCGCGGUUUGCCGAGGUUGAAAUUGUUUGACUUGGACAACAACGUUGUGCCGUUGUCGGAGCACUUGUUCGCGGAACUGGAACACUUGGUCUUCCUGUCACUAACCCACAACAAGAUCACCUCAAUACCAAAGGACUCAUUCGCAGGCUUGUCGAAUUUGCACUGGCUUCGUCUGAAUUAUAACGACAUUGCCAGAAUCAGCAUUGCGGACUUUUUCUCGAAUCCCAAGCUGAAUUACCUGGAGCUCAGGCACAACAAGAUCACCCAAGUAGCUCCCGACGCCUUCGCCAGUUUAACCGAACUGCUUUUGCUGACAUUGAGUUUUAAUCAGCUAGAGGUCUUACCGGACGAUGCUUUCAAAGGACUGAGUAAAUUGGAAAAGCUUUUUCUAAAUAACAAUCGAUUAACAAGCGUGUCUGCGACCCUGUUUCGUCAUUUAGUCGCCCUAAAGAGACUGGAUCUUGAAAACAACGUGAUUAGCACUCUCGAGCCGAAGACGUUUCAGGGACUAUCUCAGCUGGUAUACCUUAACUUGACUUGGAAUAAUUUGUCUCACAUUGUAAAUGGUACAUUCGCAGGAUUAUCUGAGCUGAGAAUACUCGCAAUUGCCUACAAUAUCAUUCAUACUGUGGAUAGUGGCUCCUUCAAAAAUCUCCCCAAAUUGCAAAUUCUUGAGUUCAACGGCAACGAAGCAACGGUUACCGACAAACUAUUUACCAAAAACGGAACAUUAAUCGCAUGAGGAUUCCUGUUAUUAGUAGGACAGUUGGUAAUAG